AUGGCAGUUCAACAAAGAACAGCGGAUGCGGUGCAAGUAUCGAAACAAACAGUUGUGAGGACAUGUGCUAUGCGAGAGAUUGGAAGUGAUUUAAAAAGAAAUCCAUAUCGCCGUUCUAAACCACGUAGGACGGACCUACUAGAAAAUAAAAAGCAUACCAUCCGAUAUCUGAUUUAUGAUAUGUACGCAAAUAAAGAGCACGUAACUCUAGAUACUUUGUUGGCGGUGAUAAAAUUGAAAGACUUGUGUGAUUUGGGCAGAACAAGCUUGUUCUAUGCACUGAAAGAAAUGGGCUUUAAAUUUAAGAUGACCAAUAGCAGACGGGGUUCGUGUGAACAAAGUCAUGUGGUUUCCAUGCGGAAUGUGUUUUUGCGAAAAUACAUCAGAAAUCUCGAAUCCGAAAUUCCGCAUGAUUUCGUUUUUUUAGACGAAACCUGGGUGUUUAGCAGAGGCGCAACAAAGCAUGGUAAACGAUACAUAAUUAUUCAUGCUGGUGGCAGAAAUGGGUUUAUAGAAGGCAGCAGCUUAAUAUUUUCGAGUACCAACAAAUCGUUCGAUUACCACGACAAUAUGAACGCCGAACUAUUUGAAAAAUGGUUUGAAGAAUCUUUCCUAAAGAAACUUGCUCAGCCCUCAAUUAUUGUUUUAGACAAUGCAUCUUAUCACACGCGGAAAAGUGAAAAGAUUCCAAGAGCUUCUUCAACCAAAGAGGAAAUUUCGAAUUGGUUGAAAAUGAAGAAUAGACCAUUUGGUACUGCGAUGUUUAAGGCCGAAUUGUUAGAAAUUGUAAAAAAUCACAGUCAAGCAACCAUAACUAAAUAUGUUGUCGAUGAAAUGACAUUACAAUAUGGCCACGAGGUUCUGCGUUUGCCGCCUUACCAUUGCCAUUUCAAUCCCAUUGAACUGGUAUGGGGAAUUUCGAAAAAGUUUUACGAUGACCAUAUUGUUGGUACGCCGGAAAGACCAGAAGAUGUUCUUAAAACCUGGAACGACGCGUUAGCUAAAGUAACUCCAGACGUGUGGAAUCGCUGCGUAACCCAUACAGAAGAAAUAAUCAAGGAUACCUUCAAUCGUGAAAAAAUUAUAGACGAUGUAAGGGCUUUGGUUUUUACUGUAAAUACAGGAAGUGAUGAAGAAAGCGAUUAUUUAAGUGAAAGUGACAACGACGCGUGA